AGAAGCUCCUGUGUGUGGAAGCUGCGGCCCGGCGGGCGGGUAGAUAACAGAUGCGGGUAAAAGAUCCAUCAAAAGACUUACCGGAGAAAGGCAAAAGGAAUAAGCGACCAUUGCUACCUCAUGACGAAGAUUCUUCAGAUGACAUUGCUGUAGGUUUAACGUGCCAGCACAUCAGUUAUGCUGUCAGUGUGAACCAUGUGAAGAAGGCAGUGGCUGAGAACCUAUGGGCAGUUUGUGCAGAGUGUCUGAAAGAGAGAAGAUUCAGUGAUGGACAGCCAGUGCUUCCUUCCGAUGUCUGGCUGUGCCUCAAGUGUGGUUUUCAGGGAUGUGGUAGAAAUUCCGAAAGCCAGCACUCACUGAGGCACUUCAAGAGCUCUGGGACCGAGUCCCAUUGUGUUGUCAUUAACCUGAGUACGUGGAUCAUAUGGUGUUAUGAAUGUAACGAAAAAUUAUCGACACAGUGUAACAAGAAGGUUUUGGCUCAGAUAGUUGACUUUCUCCAGAAACAUGUUUCUAAAACACAAACAGGUGCAUUUUCUAGAAUCAUAAAACUCUGUGAAGAAAAACGUGAAACAGGUGAAGUAAAGAAGGGAAGAAAAGGCAGCUGUGUGCCGUCUGUUAAAGGAAUUACAAAUUUAGGAAACACUUGCUUUUUUAAUGCAGUCAUUCAGAACUUGGCUCAAACUCACAUUCUCUUUGAACUGAUGAAUGAGAUAAAAGAGGACGGCACCAAACUCAAGAUUUCUCUUUCGUCAGCUCCACAGCUGGAUCCGUUAGUGGUGGAACUUUCAAGCCCUGGACCAUUGACUUCAGCCUUGUUCCUGUUUCUUCACAGCAUGAAGGAGGCGGAAAAAGGACCCCUUUCUCCUAAAGUUCUUUUCAAUCAACUUUGCCAGAAGGCUCCUCGCUUUAGAGGGUUCCAGCAACAGGACAGUCAGGAGCUGUUGCACCAUUUGUUGGAUGCAGUGAGGACAGAGGAGACAAAGAGGAUACAAGCAAGCAUUCUAAAAGCAUUUAACAACCCAACUACUAAGACUGCUGAUGAUGAAACUAGAAAAAAAGUCAAAGCCUAUGGAAAAGAAGGCGUGAAGAUGAACUUCAUAGAUCGGAUCUUUAUUGGUGAAUUAACGAGCACAGUCAUGUGUGAAGAAUGUGCAAAUGUCUCUACCAUGAAGGACCCCUUCAUUGAUAUUUCCCUUCCUAUCAUAGAGGAAAGGGUUUCAAAACCUGUACUUUUGGGAAAAAUGAAUAAAUGCAGAAGUUUACAGGAGACAGACCGAGAUCAUAACAAUGGCACCGUUACUAUAGAAAAUACCCAUCACCCCAGAGCUGCCAAGAAGCAUUCCUCACCUAAAGAGAAGAAUCCACUGAGUCAUGACAGAAAACCUUUAAGAGAAUUGCCAUAUGGAGAAGAGAGAACUGUUGUAAAGCAUCAGAAGGAUGAAAACUUUGAAGGGAGCCGGUUUGCCGGCAUCGUGAGUACCGAGUCCUCACUGAACGAGAGCCCCACCGACGGCAGUGAGAAGGAAGCCGGCCUUUCCGAAAGCAGUGUCGAUGCCGACAGUGAAGCCUCUGAAUCCGAGAGCACGUCCCAGCAAACCGUGCUGUUCCGACCCAGUGGCGAUCCCUGCGGGCACCCAGAUCAGCACCCGCACCUCUCAUUGGCAAGUGAAUUGCCACACACCACGGAGACUCACAGUGUUGACGAGGAAAUGACUGAAGCGGUUGCUGAACUUCAUUUGGGCAGCCCUGUGAUUGGAAAUAGAGAUUUUGACAGGGAAAAACAUCCACUAAAUGUCCCCAAUAAUUUGUGUUUUUCAGAGGGAAAACAUAUGAGGUUUCAUAGCGCCCAAAAUGCUUUUCAGACUCUUUCUCAGAGCUAUGUAACGACUUCUAAAGAGUGCUCCGUGCAGUCCUGUCUCUACCAGUUCACGUCCAUGGAGCUGCUAAUGGGUAACAAUAAGCUGCUGUGUGAGGACUGCACGGAGAAGAGGCAGCAGUGCCAGAAGGGAGCCAGCUCUGCAGAAAAGAAAGCAGGAGGAGUUUAUACUAAUGCCAGGAAGCAACUACUUAUAUCUGCUGUUCCAGCUAUCCUAAUUCUUCAUCUUAAAAGAUUCCACCAGGCUGGCUUGAGUCUUCGUAAAGUGAACAGACACGUAGAUUUUCCACUCACCCUUGACUUAGCACCAUUCUGUGCUGCAGCCUGUAAGAAUAUAAGUGUGGGAGAGAAAGUUCUCUAUGGUCUCUACGGUAUAGUGGAACACAGCGGCUCAAUGAGAGGAGGCCAUUACACUGCUUAUGUGAAAGUGAGAGUGCCUUCUAGGAAAUUAUCUGAAUAUAUUACUGGGAGGAAAACUGUACCAGGUUUGAAAGAACCUGAUAGUGAAUUGGGCGGCCAUUGGGUCCAUGUCAGCGACACUUAUGUGCAGGUGGUUCCAGAAUCAAGAGCACUCAGUGCACAAGCUUAUCUUCUUUUUUAUGAAAGAAUAUUAUAAUUAUGUGUCAGCUGUUAUCUAUCUCAUUCUUAUUUUAGUGCUGCAAUGGUAACCAUAUAUGUAAUGUGCCUUUGUGGUCUUAGGAAUAGUGCAUCCGUCUGGUGUUAUUGAACUUUCCAUCACGUGAUGAAUCCUUUGAAAACAAAUUAAUGUACCAGGCAGUGGUGGCACACGCCUUUGAUCCCAGCAGAGGCAGGCUGAUCUCCGUGAGUUUGAGGCCAGCCUGAUCUACAGAGUGACUUCCAGAACAGGCAGGACUACACAGAGAAACCCUGUCUCAAAAAAUUAGACAAAACAGAUCAGUUAAUGCUUUCAAAUCUAUAUUCUUAAAUGUUAAAAUAUAUUUCAUGUUAAUUUUCAUGUCCUUGAAGACCCCUUUCUCAAAAAACAAAUCUUUUUUUGAUAGUAGUAGAAAAGUCCCCUUUGUGCUGUGACUCGCCAUUAGACAUUCAGAGAGGAUGGUAAACGGAAUCAUCCUUUGAUGUGCUGUUCCCUAAAUGUAACACAGCCUUCCUGCGUGCAUGUAGUGCAUCUGGGGUUACCGUUCACUUUCUGUUUUAGCCUUUUAAAAUCUUGUCCGUUUUGAAUCACACUUCACAUUUUUAUGUGCUUAUUGUUUUCUAGUGAAAUAUUGAAGUCAGUCUAUAACUCUGACAGGAAAACUGUUCAUCCUUGUACCCGCUCCACUGGAAUCAUCUCAGGGCUUUGCAGCGGUGUCUGCGUGUGACUGUACAGGAAAUGUUGCUACAACAGUCGGAAUUAGUGCCUAAUGCAAUAUGAUUACUUUUUCAUAGUUCAUCAGAUUCGCUCAAGUAAAAAGGAGCCACUGGAAUUUAGUGUGAGUUUACAAGUAAUGUAUCGAUUAGCUUAUUGCUUAGAAAAUUUGAAAAUAUUAAAGCAUUUCUUAAUCAUUUGCAGUCUGUUAAAGAUAGUUUGUAAGUGACUGGCUAAGGCCAAAAUGAAAUUAUAGGUGACUGUAGCACAUAGAACUGGUAAAUAGAAGUUGAUAAUCCAUAUAGGAACAUAGGAUACUUUAAGGAUAACUUUGAAUUAUAAAUUAACAAAUUAUAUUUAUAAAUGGUAGAAAAUCAUAUUUGUUGUAAUUAGAGUGGCAGGGCUGCAUCCCCGGCACCCAGCCGCCCACAUGGCUAGCUUAUGCACCGAAAUAAUUACACGGAAACUGUAUUUUUUUAAUCACUGUCUGGCCCAUUAGUUCCAGUCUCUUAUUGGCUAGCUCUUACAUAUUGAUCUAACCCAUUUCUAGUAUUCUGUGUAGCACAACGAGUUGGCUUACCAGGGAAGAUCUUAACCUGCAUCUGUCUGGAGUGGGAGAAUCAUGGCGACUCCUCACUCGGCUUCUUUCUCCCAGCAUUUUCUCUGUUUACUCCACCUACCUAAUUUUCUGUCCUAUUAAAGGGGCCAAGGCAGUUUCUUUAUUACUUAACCAAUGAAACAACAGAUAGAAAGAUGACCCACCUCCAUCAUUUCCCCUUUUUCUGUUUAAACAAAAAAUGGCUUUUACUUUAACAUAGUAAGAUUACAUAUAACAAAAUAGUUAUUAAGCAAGAAUUACAGUUACAAUAUUUAUAUCUAUUUUAUCCUUUAUCAUAACUAAGGAAAACUAUAACUAUAACUAACCAUUUUUUAACUCCAUUAAAGACUCCAGAAGGAUAUAAUAUUACCUAAGUAAAGAAGAAAUAAGAAAACUCUAGAAAUGACAGAGACAUCUCGCUGCCUGUACAGUCACCCAAAGUUUCUCUGUACCGUUGGGGCAUCCAUCUUUGGCCUUUAGGCCCAUAGUAUACAGCAGACAUUUUUAUGAAGCAGGAAAUUCCAAAGACAGUUUAGUCACUUUUUGCUGUGUCCUGAAGAAUGUCUCGCAGACUCUUUUAUGAAUCAGGAACCCCGAAAGAACAUCACACCUUUAGGCAAGUUUAGCAGUCCUCUCUCUGCGGGUUUUCUGUGUCAUUUAUGCAUCAGUCCAGGCAAGAGCAGUCUUUUGCCCAAAUGGCUAUCAAACUCCAUAAGGAGCCUCUUCAAUGCCCAUCUUUCUCUUGAAGUAGAUUGGUGCUGUCAGGAGCAGACGUGUCUCAUUGUCAUGAAAAGUCCUAAGUUAUUAAAACAUUUAAAUGCCAUAUUUUGUAGUCUUUAAAAAUGGGUUAGAUCAAUAUGUAAGAGCUAGCCAAUAAGAGGCUGGAACUAAUGGGCCAGGCAGUGUUCAAAAGAAUACAGUUUCCAUGUAAUUAUUUCGGGGCAUAAGCUAAGCCAUGCGGGCGGCCGGGUGCCGGGGACACAGCCCUGCCGCCGGGGACGCAGCCCUGCCGCUCUUGUUACAACACAUAUUCUUAUCAUUAGCAAGGGAAUAUAAUACAUUUUCUACUUCUAUACUUGAGUAAAUAUUCAACAGGGUGUUGUCUUCAUCAGCAUCAUUUAAAGUGCAGGUGGAUAGCUGGGAUGUAGUUCUGUGACUGAGUACUCACCUGGCCUGUGCAAGGCACUGGUUCAAUCCCCGGCAACACAAAAAUUCGGGUGGGCUUGGCUUUUACUUUAAUGGGGCACAGAGUUGCUACUUCUGUUUUCUUUAAAUUAUUAAGGAAUAACACAGGAUAGUUUUCCCUUCUAGAAUUCAAAUGAUUAAACUGUGAAAACUUGGCAUGAGAAAUAUUACUACCCAAAAUUUAAAUAGUCACUGAGGUGGUUUACUGACACAUGGAAUUGAACCAAAAUGUAAGGGAAUGGUUUGAUAUCCUAACCAUCGGUGCCAGUGGGUAAUGCCAUGGAGAGAUGUCAGGAGAGACCUUCCACCAGGAUUGAGCCUUUCUGACGUGCAACAUUAUAAAGUCCCCAGUCUUGAUAUGUGGGUGGGUGGAACUGAUUUGUCUAAUGCAGAAAUUUUAAAAAUACCAUUGUAUAAAUAAAUUCUAUUUUUAAGUUGUGGAGGAAGUUCUAAUGGUAAUUCUAUUGACUUUUCAUAUUAAAGAUGGACAAUCCCGAGUGCUGGGAUUAAAGGCGUGUGCCACCACCGUCUGGCUGACAAAUAUAUUUUAUCUGCAGAGCACAGUUGUGUCCUCUAAAGAGAGCUUUUCAGUAUUUUUUGUUUCAUAAAAAUCCAUUGACAUGGAGUAGACUGGCACCAGAACAAGGAGUUAGAAAGACAUUUUAUUUGUUCACGUUGGCAUCUUGAUCAUAGCAAUUGUUGUCCUCAUCCCAUGUAAAUAGUUACUUAUUUUUCUCCUAGAAAAGACCCUGUUAAGAAAUAUACUGCAGGGAGGGGAAAGAUAUACCGUGGUGGCGAUAUAAUAGAUGAGAGAAAAAUUUUAAAAAAUAGCAGUGGUGAUGCACGCCUUUAAUUCUGGCCUUUAAUUCUGGCACUCGGGAGGCAGAGACAGGUCAGUCUCUGAGUUCAAGGUCAGCAUGGUCUACGGAGUGAGUUUCAGGAUGAGAGAAACCCUGUC